AUGUCGCCAAAAAUUAUCACCGUCAUUGGAUCUCUCAAUACCGAUCUCGUAACGCUCACCCCCCGCGUUCCCACUGGCGGCGAAACUUUAACCGCUACGUCCUUCAGUACUGGUCCCGGCGGAAAAGGUGCCAAUCAAGCUGUGGCAUGUGCUCGUCUCUCAAGACCCAAUCCCGCUUCCGCUCCAUCUCAUACUAGCGAUGUUCUGGUCAAGAUGAUUGGUGCAGUUGGUGAUGAUGAAUUCGGUCCCUCCCUUAUCUCCUCCCUCAAAGACUCUCUCAUCGACACAACCUCGAUCCAAACCAUCCCCUCCCAAUCCACCGGCGUAGCAGUAAUCCUCGUGGAAUCCGAUAGCGGCGAAAAUCGCAUCCUCCUUUCCCCAGGCGCAAACCACUCCCUCCUCCCCUCCACCUUCACAGCCCCCACCUCCCUCAGCACCCCCCUCCCCACCCUGCUCGUCCUACAACUCGAAAUCCCCCUCGAAACCGUCCUCCAAAUCCUCACCCUCGCCUCCAACCUCUCCAUCCCCAUCCUCCUUAACCCCGCUCCCGCCAUCAAACUCCCCGACUCCGCCUACCCCUCCAUCACCCACCUGAUCCUCAACGAAACCGAAGCCGCCAUCCUCACUUCGCGUCCCGUCUCCGCCGUCGAAGAUCCCUCGUUUGAUUGGCGCGUCGUCACAGAUGAGUUUCUCAGCAAAGGCGUCAAGACGGUUAUCGUAACGCUCGGGUCGAAAGGAGCCAUCCUUGCGACCUCCAAGACCUACACCCAUAUCCCCGCCGAAUCCAACAUAAAAGUAGUCGACACCACCGCCGCAGGCGACACAUUCGUCGGAGCCUACGCCGUCGAUCUCGUGCGCCAUACUUCUUCAAACACCCAAUCCGCCGAUCACGAUGAAAUCCUGCUCUCCGCCGUUCAAAAAGCUUGUAAAGCGGCCGCUCGAACAGUCGAGAAAGAAGGUGCUCAGAGUGCGAUUCCUUGGGCUGAUGAGAUUGAUGUUAAGAGGAAUUAG